CUUGUCUUCGAAACUCAAAAGAGAGUAAUCGUCAUUUCGUCAAAAUCCCGAUUCUGAUUCUCCUCAGACCAAACAAAAGACUUUCAACUUUUCUUCUUCUCUUUCAAAUAAUACUAUGAGCUACGAGAAGGUCCCGCCGGAACCGUAUCCUCCUCCAGGUUACCAAUCUCACUAUCCGCCGCCGGGAUAUCCAUCAGGGCCACCGCCUCCGGGAUAUCCUCCUUACGAAGGAGGCUAUCUUCAUCACCAACAUCAGCCACACGGGUAUCCACCACCGCAACCAUUUUCUCGUCCUCCUUACGAAGGAGGCUAUCAGGAGUACUUCGCCGGAGGCUAUCCUCCUCCUCCUCCUCCUCCUCCACCGCCGCCGCAGUACUACAACCAGUACCAUCAUGAUCAUCACUACUACCAGGACUCGAACUCUGGUUGCACCUCUUUCCUCCGUGGCUGUCUCGCUGCUCUCUGUUGCUGCUGUGUGUUAGAGGAAUGCUGCUUCUAAUAUCGGAGAGUUACUUUAUUCUCAUAAACCCUUCAUUUUCAAACAGUUUACCCAAAAAUGUUAUGAUUCAAUGUCUGUCUCUUACUCUCAAGAUAUUAAUGUGUAAUUAAUUAUUUAUUACUUUCGCUGUUGGAAUGAGCCUACAAAUCCAUGGUUCCUAAACCAUUGGUUAAGGGCAUUCUUUAUGUAUGCUUUAUUUGAAGACAAAAACCUUGAAUACUCUUAACAAGUU